AGUUUAUAUUAAGGGUCAGUUUCGCGUUAGCAUCGGGCAACGUUCAACCAUCCAGUCAGGCGGAAUUCAAGGUGACACGUCCCGGUGGUGUUCACAAGUAGUUCCUUCAAAUCAAGAACAUGAAAUAAGACAAGGUUUUAUAAAUAUAUAGGACAGUAAGGUUAAACUUAGCCAUUUACUUCCAUAUGAGGAGGUGUCCCACGGUUAAAGCCCAUUCAACAAAUAAAACGGUCGCAUCGUUUGUGGAAGGGGGAAGAAGAAUGUGACGGACCGAAACCGGAAGUUUGUAUUCAUAUUUGAGCGGAACACAAAAAACAACAAAUCAAGUCAAAGAUGAGAGAGGAUUUUCACCAAAACAAGCUCGAGAAUCUGUCACAGCUUCAUUGUUUCUGUUGCCUGGAUGCCUGAAUGAGCAACGUUCGUUUAAACAAAUCAACAAGGACUCUUGGUCUGUCAAUACUAGCACCAUGAAUCCACCAAAUCCGUUUGGAAGUCCACAAGGUGGAGCUUUCCAAGCUCCAAGCAACACCUCAAAGACUGGCUUAUUCCAGUCAUUUGGUCAGCAAAGUUCUAAUAAUCAGCCCCAAGCUAUGGGCUUUUACCCAACAACAUCAGCGUUUGGACAGCCGCCUGUCUUAAAUCAGCCUCCAAGCCAUGGGAGUUCCAUGUUUGGACAGACUCCUGCCUUUGGACAGUCAUCAACACAACCCUCCUCGUUGCCCACAGUAAGCCAAACUCCGGCGUUUGGACAGCCAUCAACACAACCCUCCUCGAUGCCCUCAGUAAGCCAAACUCCGGCGUUUGGACAGCCAUCAACACAACCCUCCUCGAUGCCCUCAGUAAGCCAAACUCCGGCGUUUGGACAGCCAUCUCUAGGAAUGAGUAGCUCAGGUUUUGGUAGUACGGCCGCACCAGCUUUUGGGCAAACUAGUGGACCAAGUCAGAGUUCAGUGUUUGGACAGACACCUUCAUUUGGGCAGCCUUCUGCAUUCGGGCAAGCUGCAGGAUUCAGCCAGCCGCCUCCACCCUAUGGUCAACAGUCCUCUGGGUUUGGGAACACCCAGGUGUCUUCUGGCUCCACCCCUGCUAUGGGGCAACCUCAGCCACUGGGUUUUGGGCAGCCAAUGUUUGGACAGCCAUCAUCUACCAGUGUCACCCCGAGUGUUUUUGGCUCCGCUCAGAGUGCGACCCAGAGCCGAGGCUUUGGGCCCUCUGAAUUCAAGUUCAAGCCUGCCAAUGAGGCCCUUUUCAAACCCAUCUUUAGUGCAAGCCCUGAGCCAACUAACCCUCAAACUAAGUCCAUGUCUACCUCCCUGUUUGGCAGCACCGGGUCCACGACAAGCUCCACCACCACAAGUAGCAGCAGCACCACCACUACAGGCUUCCCUCUGUCGACUGGGGCUAAGUCUGGGCCGCUUGGCUUCAGCUUCUCACAGCCGGCUGCAGCCCCGUCUAUCUCUGCUCAAAACAAUCCCCCCACUACGAGCAAUAGCGGCAGCUCUUCCAACACCUUACAGUUUACCUUUUCCCAGCCAGCCGCCCCCUCCAGCUCCAGCACAAAGACAACAACCACCGAGCCAACUACCCCGUCAUCUUUUAACUUUGCAGCCAAAACCAUCCAGCCCCAGGAGGCACCCCUUUUUGGAGGAGCAAGUUUUGGUCAGCCGUCAGCUUUUGGUGACACGAAGGCAGAGAGAAGUUCAGAGGAGAAAGGGAGCACCCUUCAAACUCUAGGGCAAACAAAUGUAUUUGCAAGAUUAGGCAAAGGCACCAAGCGCAAGGAAGAUCCAGCAGUCCCCAGCAGUGGUCAGGAGGAGCCUGCCGCAGACGAGAACACUCCGGCAGAAGCAGAUACACCAAGACAGCCUUCAAAGCGGCCCCUAAUGAGGUCCCGAGCCCCAGCGCCUGGAAUAUUCGGUAGGGCACUAAGCGGGAUCCGUAAAGAUGUCAGUAACCCGGUGAGGCGAGAGGCCACAAAAGAGAUGGAGAGGGAAGGUGUCCAAACUCAGGGGGAGGACUUACCUGCUGCACCUCCAACAAGAACCAGGGACACUCUGGAAAAAGCUGAAAAGUCAGACUCACCAAAACCUCCAGACGUGCAGCCCCAGACCACACCCCCUGCGAAACGUGGUGUACGCAGGGAGAGCUCAGAGGGCCUGAGCGCUGACUCCACCACUAUCAUGUGCAGAGACGUGCCUCCAGCCCUGAACAAGAGAGAGAUCCUGGAGAAGCACUUCAAUCAUUUUGGAAGAGUCCGCAAGGUCUUCUGCCGGCCGGGCAAGAACACAGCCACCAUACACUUUAAUGACCAUGCCUCUGCAGCGAGGGCAAAGAAGAAAGGCAAAAUGCUCCACAGACAAGAGAUCCACCUCUUUUUGAAAAAGACACAGAGUCCGGGUGACAAAGGUAGCAGACCUGCAGCAGGAGAGGAGGAGGCAGAGGGACAGAGUCAGGAGGACGCAAGGUCCAAGGGGACUUCAUCUCCACUCAGAAGACCUACAUUCAGAUCUGCAGCAGUCAGCAGCUCGAUGACACUUAGUCGCAGCUCCCCCGUGAAGAAAUCCACAGCCAAGGCACUGCAGUUUGACACUGAACCACCUAAAGAGAGCAGCACAGAGGCCUCGAGUGUAGAGCGCCCGGUCCCCUCGUCCCUCCUCCACCUCAUCGGCCAGCUGGCUGAGACCUCUGAGGACAAGUACCGCCUCCUGGAGCAGAGAGACAAGGUCCUACGUCAAGGUCGGCCCAAGAGGACGGACCUGGUCCUGUCCAAGGUGUUUGUUGGGACGUGUCCAGACAUGUGUCCAGAGAAGGAGAGGUACAUGAGGGAAACGCGGAAACAGCUGAGCAUGUAUGAGGUCAUCCCUGACACUGAAAUGGUGGAUCAUACAGCAGCCAUCAAGGAGUACAGUCGCUCAUCAGCUGACCAGGAGGAGCCCCUGCCCCACGAGUUGCGCCCCCUGCCUGUGCUCAGCAUGACCAUGGACUAUCUGGUGACUCAGAUCAUGGAUCAGGGCCAUGACAAUUACAGAGACUGGUACGACUUUGUGUGGAACAGGACCCGUGGCAUCCGUAAGGACAUUACCCAGCAGCACCUGUGCUGCCCUCACACGGUGUCCCUGAUUGAAAAGUGCACGCGCUUCCACGUGCACUGUGCUCACCACCUCUGUGAGGAGACCAUGUCAUCCUUUGACGCCAAGAUCAACAACGAGAACAUGACCAAGUGUCUCCAGAGCCUCAAAGAAAUGUACCAGGACCUGGCAGCAGAUCAGGUGUUCUGCGCCCGAGAGGCAGAGUUUCGCCAGUACAACGUGCUGCUCAAACUGGACGACGGAGACGUCCUACGUGAGGUCCAGCAGUUUCGUGAUGAGGUGCGUAACUCCCCUGAGGUGAAGUUUGCCGUGCAGGUGUUCAAUGCAGUCAGCAGCAACAACUUUGUGCGCUUCUUCCGGCUGUUGAAAGGAGCCUCGUACCUCGCAGGCUGUCUCCUGCACAGAUACUUCAACCAGGUCAGAGCUAAGGCCUUGAAGACCUUGAACAUUGCUCACACCGUCGGUCCACGAUCCACUGCGUUCCCAGUGGAGGAUGUGGUUCGGAUGUUAAUGUUCCGCGAUGAUAACGAGGCGACUGACUUCAUCCAGCAGUACGGACUUAAUGUUGCAGAUGGGAUGGUGGAUCUGAGUCGGAUAGCCUAUCAGGAGCCAGACCUGCCUCUGUCCCAGAAGAAGUCUGUGGUCAUCACGGCAAAGAAAACCGUGUUGAUUGGAGAGGUGGUGAACGGAGGCCCUCUUCCUCACCAUCCACAGCACACUCCUGUCUGCAGCUUCCACUCCAACAAGUAUCGUGGUGAGGGCCCUCUGGCUGAGCCCGCCAGGAGCCAGUUCAAAGCUCCUGCUGCCAUGGUGGAGGUUAAAGCCCCGCCCAGCGAUGAGCUGCUGACACAGGUGGUGCCGGUCCAGGUUCCAGACAUGCCCGCUGCGUUCGGGUUGCCUCCAGCUGUCAUAGAUGAGACAGGAGAGCAGAACCAACCCUAUCACAGCCCGGCCCAGCCUGCAGACAUCCAGCAGCUUUUCCAGCCCAUAGCACCGCCUCAGCCCAUCAAACCUCCAUCACCUCCACCCAAACCAAAGCCUGUGUACAACAACGAGGACAUCAUGGCCGUGCUGGACUGUGUGAUUGAAGAGGUGGUUGCAGCAGGAGCGAGGGAGGUUGCUGAUGCUGGUGCCAGCUACGCCACAACAGCUCUUGUGGAGAGCAGUGUGCAGGUGGAGUCUCUGGUGGGUGAGGUGAUGGAACAGAUGCUGCAGGAGAUGUCGUCCACAGAGAUCACGCUGGAGGAGGAGCGCGUGGCUGAAGAGAAACAAAAGCUUGAAGAAGCCAGGAGGAGGCAGGAGCAUGAGGCCUUCCUGAUCCAGUACAGCUUCUCUCUCUGCACAGAGCUCAUUCAUGAAGUCUUAAAUGAGUCGGUCAAGGAGACCGCUGCAUCUGAGAUCCAACAAGCAGUGGAUGAAAAGGCAGACCGUGUGGCUAAAUGCACGGAGCAGGUCUGUGACGGUCUGCUGGAGGAGACUUUGAGUUCAGACAUCGCUCUGCUGGUUGAAGAAAUCCUUGACCUCGAGCUACAACGCAUCCACAAGUACAUCAAAAGAUGGCGUGAUGUGGUGACGGUACGCCGGCAGCUCAAGAGACAGAUGAGAGGUUUCCCUGCAGCUCCCUGCUGUGUGGAUCCAAGAUUCAAACUCAAAGCUCUGGCCCCGAGUGCCCCUCCACAGCCCUCCAUGGCAGAUCUGGUCCGUGGUGUGGUGAACCUGGGCAAUGCUGGCACUCUGGCUCUCUCUAGCACCAGAUUGCUGAAAAUGAGACAAGAAACGAUCCACCAGAUGAGGGUCCACUUCUUCUAUCAGCAGCUGCUCGAAGAGACAGUUUGGGCGCCACUCGACCUGCCAGCCCUGGUGACAGAAAAUAUCCCUAAUGCACCUGAACGCAUCUUCUGGAAAGCUGUUCUCCUCCUGCCAAGCGAUGAUGAGAGUGUAGCCAGUGAGGCCGACAGGAUCCUGUCAGACUGGUUGGAGGUGAAGCUUGGUGGAGGGAAGGUGUCGGAGGUGAAGGAGCAGCCGGAUGACGCCCUGCAGACCCUCUGCGUCAUCAACUCACUUCAGGAGAACGGCCAACGCACUCACAAAGUCCACAUCAGCGUGAAGGCGUCUCGAGGUCCUCUAAGUGAAGACCUUCUGUCUAAAGCCGAGGAGUGCUGCGAGCUGCACGGUACAGGAGCUCUGAUCACGCUGCUCCCCGCUAUUCCUGUCAUGGAACCCGAGCAGGACGAACAGGACGUCCCUCUGCUGUCUGCUCUGCUGCAGCUGAAACAGCUCCAGCAGGCCAGCACAUGGCACUGCCCACUGCCUCUGGUCAUACUAGUGCCUGGACCUGACGGGGGCCCCGAACAAACACAGAGACUGGAAGAAGCUCUGAUGCUGCACAUGCUGGUAGAGGAGGGUGUGAUCUCAGAGUACUCCUUCAUCUUCAUACCAGAGACCACGAGUGACCUGCAUGGAUCCAAACAGCUCAGCCAUGCUGUGCAGUGGCUGCUGGCCCGAGCCCCCCCACCCGUCGCCCUCUCCUGUCAGACUCUGGUGCAGCUUGUUGAGGCCAGCUUGAGUCGUGAGUUCAGUCCCAGAGUUUUCGCCCAACGUCAGGAGCGGGCCGCCGCAUGUCUCCCUCCACAGGACCCCACGCAUGUCAUACGGUUGUACAACGCUGUCCUGGCUCACAUCGCUGAGAGAGUUUCGUCUCAGGAUCUCAGCAGACUUUCGUGGCCACCGCGUGAGUUCUGGCAGCCUGACACCCGAGACUUUGUCCCUCAUCUGGGCUGGAACUCUGCCCAGAACCUCGCCUGGCUGCGGGAAGCCAUCCUCAGCCUGCAGCUGCCACAGUGGGAGCUGCCGUCUGUUACAGACUCGUGGUCUGAGCUCUGCUCCUCCAUCUCUGACUACGCUGCUCAGAUCCCAGUCUCUCCCCGCAAUCAGCCUCUCCUCAUGUCCCGCCUGGAGAAUCUUCUGGAAAGAGUCAGGCUGAAGGGUCAACGCACCCGAGCCUCUAGAUCCAGGGGAGCCAUGAGGAGCUGGGACAUCAGAGGCGAGGAUCAAUGUUCAGUCUUCAGCCCCAUUCCCUGGGACGACGUGCUGGUGAUUUGCAUCGACCACAAACUGAAGGACUGGCAGAUCCCCGGACCUCCUGUCUGUGAAGAUGCUGUGACAGAGGACGGAGAGAUCCUGGUUUACUUCCUCAAAGAGUCUCUGAAUGGUUUCCAGCCUCCUGAAGAAUGGACGCAGGCCCUUAGACAGACCCACAGAGAGAAAAACCAAGAGGGGGGAGGAGCGAGUGCAGCCGCCUGUGUCCCGCCCUCCAGUCUCUCCCUCAGACAGAACUUGUUCCACAGUCCUCUGGAGCCUCUGGAGGCCCCGACAGCCCUGCUGGACAUCACACACUCUCCCUCAUCACAGGAGCGGCUGGUCCACAGAGUCCUGCAGAGCUUAGAGGAGGAGAAGAACGAGAGCAAAAGGAGCAUGGAGCAGCUUCAGCGCUGGAUGGACGGUGACCCUGUAGACCACCUGUCCACACCGCUCUUCAUCCCGUCCUCCACCCUGCUGUCCAUGCCCACAACCAUCAGACACCCGCCCUCAGCCAGAGCUCAAGACAGCGCUCCCACACAGGCAGAUCCUGAUGAUGAUCCGUCAGAGGGAGCACACUGGCCUAGAACCCCGCGUCCAUCGAUGACGUGGCGGCUGAUGGAUUUACAGCGAAAGAUUUUGGCGAGCCAGGAGGAAGAGCUGGCCUGCAAACUGAAGCUGAGCGGUCUGCUUAGCAUCGUUGAUGACUGAUGAACUGGUGGAGGAAAAGUCGUAUGAGAUGCAAAUGUUUCAAAACUGUCAAACUAAUGCUGCCUGCUGCAAGAGACGACAAGAUGUGUUCACUGACUCAUGGUCAUGAGUUCACUCUGGUAUUGAAGUGUGUGAUUUUGUUGCAUUAUGGCUUUGAUUUGUACCAUAGAGAAUCAAGUCUUCAUUAUUGUUUCAGUUUUCAAAGUUCAGUUACAGAAUGUGUGUCAGUGCCUAACAUCGUGUCAUAAACAGGAGCUGCUGAUUCUCAGUUUUUUAUAGUCUCUGUAAUGCUACACUGCCAGUUAAAGAUGUGAUAUUCAUGCCCCUGUAAUGUCUCGCCUCUCAGUAGAAAUGUCACAGAGGCAUAAUGAUGGUGGAACCAGGCUUUACUGCUGUGCUGUGUUUACCUCUCGUGCUUCUUCAAGACCAUAUUGCGAUGUGAAAUCAUGCACUGCAGCACCACUAUCACUGCGCUGCAGGUACAAGAGUACAAAGGCGUGAUGAUGGUGAAGCUUCGUUAGGACACUGAUGUAUGAAAAGGACUUUAAACACAUUUUAUAAUUCGGAUUAUAUAUUUGUAUAACCAGCUUGAAGUAAUUUAACAGCUUGUGUGUUGUUUGAACUCAUU